AGUAAAGUUUUAUUGCAAUACAAUCAUGCCCACUCUUUUACAUAGUUUGACUGCUUUAGCACUGCUAUGGGAGAGUAAAUAGAGCAUCAGAGACCAUCUGGCCCGCACAACUUGAAGUUUUUACCAUCUGAUCCUUUACAGAAGCUUUGCUGACUCUUGGUCUAAACUAAGAAAUAAACAUUGUUACAUUACUAUUAACCAAAGUACAGCUAAUGUUUCACCAGGCAAUCCAGGAACCACAUUUCAUGCAGCAACUGCUAUUGUAUGGGGAGCCUUUUUCCCUGCCAGGUGCACGGUAGUCCCACUUGGGAAAAUAUUCCUGUCUAAGAAAUGAAUUUCAGCUGGCCACUUGAAAAGGGUUUGUUUUUGUUGUUUGUUUGGAGUUGUUUGCGUGCUUUACACAAUGGGCAGACAGUUGAAUACAACAUCUGGGCUCGGAACGCUGUGAACUUGAAGAUGGAGGAAGAGCUAUAUUUGUUCAAGCGGCCCAAGCGCUGGGCCGAGGCAGGGUACCAACUCAGGCCCUCGGAAAGAGAGGGCUCCGGAUGUGCCCGGUUCGGCGUGAGGCGUGCCCUGCCCCACGCGGUCCCGGCCCCGGCCCCCUGUCCUUUGUCUCGUCUGCCCGCGCGCAGGCCUGUGAACGCGGCGCUCUCGCUUUCUCCGGCCGCUGCGGCUUUCGGCGGGCUCCGCGGCGCGGGCGGCGGCGUCCUGUUGCCGGGCAACGGCCGCGCAGGCAUCUCCCGUCGCCGCCAGGGCCGAGACACAUCCGCACCAGCCAGUCAGCGCGCCAGCCUGUGGCCUGAUUUCUCCCGCUCCAUUGUUGCAGCAAACACAAAAGCCUGCACCGCCGGCGGAGUCGCCGCGCCUGCGUUGAAUUACGCGCCAGGCCAUUCUUCGCGCCCCAGCCUUUCCACCUCGCCGCACCGCAGCUCCUGCCCCAUCGCGCUCUCCCGAAUUCCUGCGGCUGCCGUUGCUACGGAACACAAACUUGAGGGCUGAAAGGAGGUUUUCAGUGGUCUCGUCCAAGCCCCUAAAAAUCACAGGAUGAAAACGACACGACCUCCUUGGGGUUCUCCAAAGUCCCCGGUCCUCCAGUCUGAAAAGUUACGUGUAACUCACCACCCUCUGCUCCGCGACCCGGUAUUCAACGUCGUGUUCGAAUUCUGGGGAAUUCGGUGGGGAACUGGGAAAUCUUAAGUAACCCCUAGUAGCAAAUGUGUGUAAAAGCUGGAAGGAAAGGAAAAA